GAGAAGCAGAGAGUGGCUGGGAAAUGAUGGCUGAUGAAGACGAGGAAGUCAAGCAGGUCUUGCAGAAAUUGCAGGAACUGGUGGAUCAGCUGUAUUCGUUUCGAGAGUGCUAUUUCGAGACACAUGGUGUUGAGGAUGCUGGAAGGAAGCAACAGGAUGUGCGGGAGGAGAUGGAGAAGACUCUGCAGCAGAUGGAGGAAGUAGUGGGUAUGAGUGGCAAGGAGUGCACAACCCCCUGCCCUUCACCGAAAAGCGGUUCUGUCCAGGGCAAGGCACAGGUUCUGAUGCUGACUGGGAAGGCACUGAAUGUGACUCCAGACUACAGUCCUAAGGCUGAGGAGCUUCUGUCAAAGGCUGUGAAGCUGGAGCCCAAGCUGGUGGAAGCCUGGAACCAGCUGGGAGAGGUGUACUGGAAGAAAGGCGAUAUUGCGGCUGCCCACACCUGCUUCUCAGGAGCCCUGACCCAUUGCAAGAACAAGGUCUCUCUUCAAAACCUGUCCAUGGUGCUUCGCCAGCUCCGAACUGACACUGGAGAUGAACAUUCUCGUCAUGUCAUGGACAGUGUCCGACAGGCUAAGUUGGCUGUGCAGAUGGAUGUCCACGAUGGCCGCUCCUGGUAUAUUCUGGGGAAUGCGUAUCUUUCUCUUUACUUCAAUACUGGCCAGAACCCUAAGAUCUCCCAGCAAGCCCUCAGUGCCUAUGCCCAAGCAGAGAAGGUUGACAGGACAGCUUGCAGCAAUCCUGAUCUUCAUCUGAACAGGGCAACGUUACAUAAAUAUGAAGAGAAUUAUGGGGAGGCCCUGGAGGGCUUCUCUCGGGCUGCAGCACUGGACCCUGCCUGGCCAGAGCCCCGGAGACGAGAGCAGCAACUUCUGGAAUUCUUGAAUAGAUUAACCAGCCUCCUUGAGAGCAAGGGAAAGGUGAAGGCCAAAAAGUUGCAGAGCAUGCUGGGAAGCUUGCGCCCAGCCCAUCUAGGCCCCUGUGGCGAUGGGCGCUACCAGUCAGCCUCUGGGCAGAAAUUGACCCUGGAGCUCAAGCCACUGAGUGCCCUACAGCCUGGGGUGAACAGUGGUGCUGUGGUCCUAGGAAAGGUGGUGUUCAGCCUCACCACAGAGGAGAAGGUCCCCUUUACAUUUGGCCUGGUAGAUUCAGAUGGACCUUGCUAUGCAGUGAUGGUGUAUAACAUGGUACAGAGUUGGGGAGUGCUCAUUGGGGACUCUGUAGCCAUUCCCGAGCCCAACCUCCGGCUUCACCAAAUUCAGCACAAAGGAAAAGACUAUUGCUUUUCCAGUGUUCGUGUGGAGACACCCCUCUUGCUGGUGGUGAAUGGGAAGCCUCAGGGCUCCAGCAGUCAGGCUGCUGCCACAGUGGCAUCUCGGCCCCAGUGUGAAUGACCUUACCUGACUUGCAUGCUAAGGAGUCAGGUUGAGAGGAGAAGCUCACGGGCACUUAGCAGCUGGACCACCUAUAUCCCGUGACUCAGCCAGGCUGCGGGGGAUGUUUGAGAUGAUGACUUUUCCUUUCCUCUGCCCUGUGAGACACUGUGUCUCUUCUUUUCCUCCUUUUAUCCUGUUCAAGCUCUCUCUGAGGCCACACACUCCUUGGUGUAAUACCUGUAGCCUCUUUCAUUGCUCUUCUGUGUUUUAGGCAAAGAGCAUGGAAUUGGUAGAAGUGUGGGAUCUUGCCAUGGGAUGGUGUUCCCAAGGUUCUUGUUCUUGCCUCCCUCCUGAGCCUCAUGUGUAUAUAUCUUUUCAGUAUUUAUUGCUGAGGGAGGGGGCUUAAUUUUUUAAUGGCUUGGUUUUUUUUUUUCAAUUUUUAUUUUAUUUUUAUUUUUAAACUUUAGGUUCUUCCCCUUCUUUGGGGCUAGAACAGAAUUAAAUUUGUUUGGAGAAAAAUAAUACUGUAGUUUGGCUUUAUUCUCUCCAAGCUUAGAUUUUGGAUCACUUCAAUCUGUACUCUCCCCUGCCACCCCACACCACCCUUUUUUUUCUUCACAUAAAAUAGUUCAUUUCUCUCCCAGUUAAAAGAAUUCUGACAACAGGCAGCCCAAGGCAGGAAUGGUAACCCCACAAAGUCACUGGGAAAUAGGUUCCUACCAUUUCACCCUUCUGUCAUCCCUAGGGGUGGCCCUCACCAUGGUACAAGAUGACAGUAAUAUUAUUCUAAUAGUGUUACUGGGCUGCAAGACCAGAGGGAGCUAGGUAUUCAGUUCCUUUAGAUUAUAGUGAUAUGUUUUGUAGUAGUUUUUUUUACCCCUUAAGAU